UUUUCUGUCAGACUGGUGGCGAUUUAGUGUCUUUGCUUGUUAUGGCCGCUGCCGUCGCUAUGGAGACAGAUGAUGCUGGCAAUCGACUUCGGUUUCAGUUGGAAUUGGAAUUUGUGCAGUGUUUAGCCAAUCCAAAUUACCUUAAUUUUCUUGCCCAGAGAGGUUACUUCAAAGACAAAGCUUUUGUUAAUUAUCUUAAGUACUUGCUUUACUGGAAAGAACCAGAAUAUGCCAAGUAUCUAAAGUACCCUCAGUGUUUACACAUGUUAGAACUACUCCAAUAUGAACACUUCCGAAAGGAGCUGGUGAAUGCUCAAUGUGCGAAAUUUAUUGAUGAACAGCAAAUUCUGCACUGGCAACACUAUUCCCGGAAGCGGAUGCGCCUUCAGCAAGCCUUGGCAGAGCAGCAACAGCAAAAUAACACAUCAGGAAAAUGAAAAGCCGGAUACAGACUAGGCUCUUAAGACUGUGUAUAUAACGCAUGUAUAUAAUGUAUUUCUUUUGUACAGUGAAGACAAAAAACUUUAUCUACUUUUACUGUGGUAGCACCUAAAAUCUUUAGAGUGUUUUUUUAUCCAACUUUCUGCUAAUAGAUUAUUUCCUUUAAAUCAAAAUUGUUCUACUUUGAUUUCC